GCGCUGGACGAGCUCUCGUGCCAGGGUGCGUGCUCGCUGACCGAGAGUUGUGGCCACUGGUCCUACUGGAAGCCAGGCCGGCUGUGCCAUCUCCAAGGCCCCGGCGCCACCCGCAGCUCCGGCGGGCCCCCGGGCUUCAUCUCCGGGCCGCCGCGCUGCGAGGGCGGCGCCGAGCCAGCGGGCGGCGGAGGUGCCACGCCCAGCUCCGGCGGGGGCGGGGCGAACGAGUCGCUCAAGAGGUGCGUGGAUUUCGGGGCGGCCUACGCGCCGAGCCUGGGGAAUCCCAGGUAUUUCCCCCGCGCGGCCUCGGUGGCCGAGCACAGAGAGUAUGUCAUCGCGUGCAUGAAGUUCUGUGCGAACACCACCGGCUGCGCCCACUUCACCUACGACAUCGUCGUUGGGUCCUGCAAGCUGGCGCCCGCCUCGGCCACGCUCUCCCGGGACGUUCCACUCACCGUGUCCGGGCCGCCGCGCUGCCCGAAAGGGACGGGCGAGGACGGGGUGGUGCAGGCGCCGCGCCAGCGAGACUCUUGCCGACCGCGCGGCAGGGGGGCGCCGGCGCCGCCCCGCCGGCGAGGGACCUGCACCUCGCGGCGGAGGCCUACGGCGACCUGCUGGAGAUGCUGUGAUAAUGCCACGCCAGCGCGGCCCCUCUAUGCACGACACCAGAUUUGGGCACCAGAAGUGGGUUUGCACAGCCACCGCCCGCUGUCGAAUGCUGCACGCGCAAGGGCCCGAUAG